AUGGCUUCCUCCGACCCAGGCUUCGUGGUGCGCAGCGCAACAGUGGAGCGCAUCACCAACGAGACCAAAAUCCAAUGCUCCCUCUCGCUGGAUACGCACCCGAAGCUGGCCCCGCAAAGCAUCAACGUCAAGACGGGAAUCGGCUUCCUCGAUCACAUGCUUCACGCUUUGGCAAAGCACGGCGGCAUGUCUUUGACAUUGGCAUGCGACGGUGACUUGUGGAUCGACGAUCACCACACGGCCGAGGACUGUGCACUCGCCCUGGGCGAGGCCUUCAAGUCUGCUUUGGGCCCUAUCAAGGGGAUCAAGCGAUACGGGACCGGACACGCACCGCUGGAUGAGGCUCUCUCGCGCGCUGUACUGGACAUCUCAUCGAGGCCAUACUGUGUGGCUGAGCUGGGCUUGAAGAGGGAAAAAAUUGGAGACCUCAGCUGCGAGAUGAUCCCGCAUGUGUUCCACAGCUUCGCCAUGGCCGCCGGAGUGACGCUGCACGUCGACUGUCUGAGGGGAGACAACGACCACCACAGAUCCGAGUCAGCAUUCAAGGCCCUCGCCCUCGCCAUCAAGGAGGCAGUAUCCAAGACGGGCCUCGACGAUGUGCCGAGUACAAAGGGCGUACUCUGA